CCGUGCCCGAUUUCCUGUCCUUCGGCUCCACAUGAUUGCCGCUAUCUUCAGCCUCAUGACUUGGAAGGCAACAGCUUGCAACCUUAACAACUACACUUCUUCGCGCCUCCAAAUCCCGUCUCCUGACUCCGCCUUACUCCAACCCACCAAACACCGGCAGUCGCUCUUUGAUCUCGAGUCAUUUAAUUUCGUGUAUACAGUUACCUGCAACAUCUUUUAAUCGGACUUGUGACGAUCCAUUCGGAACCAUCGUGACACCUUUCCAUUUGUAGCCAGUGCGCCAUUCAAAGGCACCUGAAGGCCCUCAAUCCACAUCCACCAAAUCUGCAGAGCAGUCUUCAUCAUGGCAAGCAAAGCAGCAACCAAGCGCUUAACGCGCGAGUAUGCUGCCAUCGGCAAAAACCCUCCACCCUACAUCACAGCCCAUCCCUCUGAGUCAAACAUCCUCGAGUGGCAUUACAUCAUCACAGGUCCCGAGGAGACACCCUACCACGGCGGCCAGUACUGGGGCACUCUCAUGUUCCCGCCGAAUUACCCUUUCGCACCACCCGCCAUUCGAAUGCACACACCCUCGGGUCGUUUCCAACCAUCGACGCGAUUGUGCCUAUCCAUUUCCGACUUCCACCCCAAGAGUUUCAACCCUGCUUGGGAAGUCAGCACCAUCCUGAUCGGCCUCCUAUCCUUCAUGACGAGUGAGGAAAUGACCACCGGAAGCGUCAGCAUGACCGAGGCGGAGAGGAAGCAACAUGCUGAGAGGUCAAGAUGGUGGAACUCGACUGGUGGCGGCUCGCAUGCCAGUGCCAAGAUUGCUCAAAAGGGAAAUAUCAAAGCAGGCGACGGAGGCCUCAAAUUCAAGUCGGAAUGGCCCGAUGUUGACAAGGAGAACUGGGAGUGGAUGAGCAAGAACAGCAUUGACCUAACCACUGGCUUUGCGCCACCGCCCGCAGACACCAACAGCUGUGGACGACAACUAGGUAUUGGACAGGGCAGUGGACAGACCCAGGCUGUGGUCGAUGCGGUUGUACAACAAAGGAAUGCUGGAAGGAGUUGGAUCAGCCGCAACAAAGUCCUUAUUUUCGUUAGCUUCGUUUUGGUGUACACUGCGCUUGCAAGAUGGCUGGGCGAGGGCGAUGGCGAUCGAACAGGGUUGUAAACCACACGGGAUGAGAUGGCCCGUGGAUCGAUGGAGUAAUCUGCAAAGAGGCCACAUUUGGACUCUUGUGGCUAAUGGUUCGCUCCACGUGAUGACUUGGAUUUGCAGGCGGCGGUCCGAGCAUAUUUCUACACCUCUCUCUUAUAUGCCGGCAGGUGCUGAUGUCUAAAGGCUGGGCUGAAAAGUCACGAGAAGCGGUUUCUGAGCAUAUAUAUUUCUAUAAAUAUGAUUUCAGUGGAGUUGGGUGAUGUGGCCCCUUUUCCGCUCAUGCACAUCUCUGCGACCCGACCGAAGCGCUUGGAGGUUGUUAUAGAUUGGUGCGAAGUAAAAAAAAAAGAUACACAUGUUAAAUGAUGCAUAAGUUACGUAAAGUUCAAAAAUUAUACUAGCAUAUAAUAAUUUCCUAUGCCCGUUGCUGGUUGACUCCCCGUACAUAGAUUGGCGUCCAGCCCUGCCGACACAUCAAGAUGUAAGGGACUAAAAGAACUUGAC